AAAUAGUGCUUCUAGAGUUCUACUUGACUGAUAUGCUGAGCUCUGUUCACAGUACACUGCUUUCUUUGCAGUACACUGCUUCGAAUAUGACCCUUUCCAACACAUCUACAGCCAUGCUUGCCAGUCCAGUCUUGUUAGUGAUAAGAUCUGUAGGUUCAACUGGUCAUCUGCCUUGUGGUGCUUAGAAGAGCAGGGAUGAUUUCUCUUUGCCUUGGGUGAGGAUAAACUGUGGUGGGAGUAUGAAAUUAAUGUAAAGAGAAGCUAAACUCAGCUGAGGACACUAACCAUGGGAAUGACCUGAUGGCCAAGCAGAUGUCACAUGUGAGAUUCUUUUCUUUAUCCCAUUCUUGAAGAUCUGUAAGACUUCAGGAAGUGCAGCGUGGCUUUAACCCCUGACAACUCACGUGCCUUGUGAUCUGUCUUACUAGACUGUGCUUGCCUAAAUACGAAAAUAUCCUGAGGUUUUUCAUUUUAUAAACUGCAGUGAGACAGCUACAAGAUUUGUGUUACUUCUCUAACAUAUAUAACUACUUUCUGGGAAAAAUUAGGACAUGACUAAUUUUUUUCCUUCACCAUUUAGAAGCCACCUUUAUAGAAAACCAUUCAGAAAAGGUGACACAAAUUUUUACUUAAAAAUUCUUUUUAAAUUAUAAGGAAAAGAGGAAGUUUUGUUCGUCCCCUUGGAUGUGGCUAGAAAUUGAGGGGUUUCUUGAAUAAUUUUGACACGUAGGGUUAUCUGUCACUAAAAUGUAAAAAGUCAGGUGAAAUCUGAGUCCAGAUGGGUUGUUCAGCAGGGGAAACUAGUGGAUUCAGUAAGGAGCAAUUUUGUGGGAUUCAACUUUUGAGGUUAAAACAAACACAAAUGCUCCGCCUCCGAGUGGCGGGGGCGGUGCUCCAGCGAUGCACCAAUCACAGGGCAUCCUACCGUAUAAAGCUCUGCACCUCCCCCACCCGGCGCUUACGCUUGCUGGUGGUCAGUAUAACUUUCGUUUGGUAUGUUUGAAACACUGCCUGCAGUUCCAACUGCUCCUGCUCCGGGCUCCAUGGGGAAACUACACGCCAAGAGACGAGGCAGGAAGGGAAUUUGCGAGUCAAGUGUCAACCAGAAGGCGCAGAGCUCUUCAUUGUCUGAAUUGAUCAACCAGUCUCUGAUGGAGUCACAGGACCGAGUAGGCAUGUCCCUUGUCGCGCUUAAGAAAUCUUUGGCUGCCACCGGCUAUAAUGUGAAAAAGAAUAACAGCCGCAUCAAACAAGCUCUCAAGAGCUUAGUGAGCAAGGGAGUUGUGGUGCAAAUCAGAGGGACUGGUGCUUCUGGGUCUUUCAGACUCAGCAAAAACGCUGCUCCUGAAAUCACCCAGAGCAAGGUAGGAAGGCCUGCUUCUGCCAAGAACAAGAAGCUGGGCUUAGACGGGGGCCCCAGCUCCCCAAAGAGCACCAAGACCAACACGGGGGGCAAGCAGUCGAAGGUUGCACACAGGGAGGCCUCAGGCAGAAAAAAGAAAGUCCGAAGAUCCAAGAGCCUACAGCAGCUAAAGAGCCCGGCUAAGGCCAAAGUGGGGAAGGCCAAGGCCAGAAUCCCAAAGUCGGCCAUGCAGAAAGCAAACUCCAGGAAGGCAGUAUCUAAGAAGUGAGCAGUUUGAAGAGAAAGACCCUUUUUCACAGAACCCAAAGGCUCUUUUAAGAGCCACCCAAAUUUUUAAAAUGACGUGACACUGAAAACUUGCAGGAAGUUCAGGUUUUUAGCCAAACUUCCUACUAACAAAUUGAGAUCUGAUGAGGUGAAGUGACAACUAAAUUUAUAGGUAUAAAAGUGCAAAAGUAUUUGGGGUAUGCCCAUUCUACAAGGUGUUAAUGAAUGCAACAAUUUAUAAGGUAGCCUUAUCACUUAAUUAUUUAUUACCUUUUCUACAAAAGCUACUGAAAAUGGGAGUACAGACAUGUUCAGCUUUGGAAAGUAUCUAUUACCUUGUUAUUCUUCUGUUUUUUAAGUAGUACUAUGGUCCUAAUUUAUUCUUUAGUAGGGUUCCUUGCCCAAUGACUUAUGUGGGAUCCAUAACUAUGAAAGUGUUCUAGGAUUUGGGUCAUAGAAAAGCUUUACCUUUAAAAUUUUUAUUAGCUUCCAGUUGAAAUUUUACAAUCUUCUAAGGGAGACAAUACUUUCGGUGUAUUUUGGAAUGGUAUAUACUAAUCAUGGUGAACUUUUUAGCGUUUUCAGUGAAAUACAUCGACUGCCACCAUCGUACAUAUUAUUAGAUGUCAGAUAUCUAAAUAAAUGCAGAUGUCCUUUUAAAAAUGAUUUACUAUUAUUGAUUUGAUAUGAUUGUAAUCCUAAAUAGUAUUUCAUGUAAUUUUUUAAUGAAAAAAAUGUGUAGGCCUCAUGAUACUCUGAGGGCACACUACAGGAUGAAAAACUGAACCCAUUAUUUAUAUGGGAAUGUUUGUGACUGCAGUUAGGAGACAAAUUACAAACAUUUUAUUAGCAAACUCUUUGAGUCCAAUCUGAAAUAGCUUUCUUUAUAAAGUAGUUUUAGUUUUCUCUUAAGCUGUCGUUUAGCAUUCUUAUUCAUUCCUUAAUCACACAUACUAGAUCCAUGCUGUUAAUUUAUGUAGAACUGUUUGGGGGGCAACUUUAAGGAAAGGCAAAAUCAUGUCUUUGUACAUUACUUGAUCCUAGAAACAUGUUCACUAGGUGGUUCAAUGUCUUUUUCUUUCUAGACUAAGUAGGACUUUUUGUAAAUUGUGUAUUAACAUACAAAAUGACUGUAAACAUAAUGGUUUCAAUUUGUACAAGCCCCUUCAGCCCUCGUGUUGUUUAGUUAUGAUGAUCACUGUCCCUAUGAAGUUGGAAUUGAAGAUCAUGCAAUUAUGCAAGUCACUACCCGGCAAGAUAAUGAGCCCCUCUGACCAGGACUCCCAGGAUGAAGAUGUCCUGGUGCCCUCACCAGAAGCCAGAAUACGGGAUCUUCCACAUGCACUUCCACGUUUUUUUUUUUUUUGUUGUUGUUGAAAUUUCAGCUUCCCAGUGCCUCAAACAACUUCGGUUCAAGCCCUUAAUCACUCAAGUUUCUUCUAGUUUAAUCUGCUCAUUAAUGUCAUUUUGGGCUCAGCCAUGGGGUCAUCCCAUUCUUUGCAAAAUUUUCAUUCUUUCAGCCUCUAAGCAGCUUCACAUGCUGUUGUCUCUAUAAGCCAUACAGGCCUGUGUUCAUGCUCAGAUCCUUCUCGCUGCCGCCAGAGCGCUCUCAUAUUUGAGUCCAAAGUUCCUGCAUCGUGCAGAAGUAAACUUUAUGGUGUAA